UGGAAAUCUACCAAAAGAUUCCUUAAGAACUCUGGUCCGUUUGCCCAAGUUAACGAAAUUGGGUUUUGGGGAGAAUAUUGCAUAUUAUGCCAUGCAAAGUACAAUAGCGGUCCUUGGUCGGGAUAUUGUUGGUAUAACGUUUCACAACUCAAUUGCUGCAUAUUCUGUCUUUCAAUUGUUAUGGCUGAAAACUGCUAUAAAGAAACUUACUCUUAUAAAUGAAUACAACUGGAACGACUUGGACAAAACUAGAAUAAUCUACGAUCUACCUUUCAUAGAGCAGUUACAUGUAGUAGAAACACCCAUCUGGGAUACAGCCGAUGAACUGUGGGAUAUGAUAGCCACAUGUCCUCGACUUGAAGUCCUUUAUAUAUCGGGACAGCAAACGGAUAAAUGGUUCUUCUCUUGGGAUCGUGAACUUAUGCAUUAUGUGUUGAAAACUCGUGCUCGGCCUUUAUCUUUGUAUUUCCAUCAUCUAGAACCACAUAAGAAAUUGAUCCGUCAUUAUUUCCAGCAUGCAAAUUUGAAAUUAUCAUUUGAAGCUGUGGAAAUCGAAUAUAUAAGAAAUAGAUAUACAAAAGUCGAGUUUUUGCCCCAAGAAAUUUCCAAAUUCCGAUAA